CCCCUCUCUCCCACCUGACUGGCUCCUCCCUUUCCCCCGGGCCGGACCCGGCCGCCGUCGCAGCGGCCCGACUCCAAAAUGGCAGCCGCGCACAGCGCGCACCCGAGCGGCCGGACCUCCCUGACUCCCGGGCCUCCCCGCUCUCGCUCCCUGCCUCCCUCCUUCGGCCUUCACCUACACGCCUUUGGAUUGGCCGUUAGGAAUCCCGCCCCUCCAGAGCCCCGCCUGCUAUUGGUCACGAACUGAUUGACCAGCACACCUCUGGAAAUGGAGCUCUUCGGUCAGCCUGGAGGAGUCUUGGAAGACUUGACAGAGAAGAUGACACUUGAACUGAGACUUGGGAAAUAAGUACAGCGUUUUGCCAGAGGGAAGUGGACACUGCCAAUAGUAGAGGGCAUGGCUUCUCCUUUUCAAUAAUGCCUCAAAAUUGAUCACACAGAGAGAACACAGUUAUUUAAAAGGGCGAGGAGGGAAGAUAUGGAAUUUUUACAAGUGAUUGACCUGUAAGGUUUAGACUGCCAGAUGAGUAGAGCGGCAGUUAGUUGGUCUUAUAAUCAAUGGAUAAAGUGGGGAAAAUGUGGAAUAACUUCAAAUACAGGUGUCAGAAUCUCUUCAGUCAUGAGGGAGGAAGCCGUAGUGAAAAUGUGGAUAUGAACUCCAACAGAUGUUUGUCUGUCAGAGACAAAAACACCUGUAUAGGAGACUCAGCUCCUCAGCAACAAAGCAGUCCCUUAAGAGAAAAUGUUGCCUUACAACUGGGGUUAAGCCCUUCAAAGAAUUCUUCGAGGAGAAACCAAAACUGUGCCACUGAAAUUCCUCAGAUUGUUGAAAUAAGCAUUGAAAAGGAUAAUGACUCAUGUGUCACCCCAGGAACAAGACUUGCAAGAAGAGAUUCCUACUCUCGACAUGCUCCUUGGGGUGGGAAGAAGAAACAUUCCUGUUCUACAAAGACACAGAGUUCACUGGAUACUGAUAAAAAGUUUGGUAGAACUCGAAGUGGACUUCAAAGGAGAGAGAGGCGAUACGGUGUAAGCUCUGUGCACGACAUGGACAGCGUUUCCAGCAGAGCCGUAGGAAGUCGCUCUCUGAGACAGAGGUUGCAGGAUACUGUGGGCUUGUGUUUUCCCAUGAGAACUUACAACAAGCAGUCAAAGCCCCUCUUUUCUAAUAAAAGAAAAAUUCACCUUUCUGAAUUAAUGCUUGAGAAAUGUCCUUUUCCUGCUGGCUCGGAUUUGGCCCAAAAAUGGCAUUUGAUUAAACAGCAUACAGCCCCUGUGAGCCCACAUUCAACAUUUUUUGAUACAUUUGAUCCAUCCUUGGUUUCUACAGAAGAUGAAGAAGAUAGGCUUCGAGAGAGAAGGCGGCUUAGUAUUGAAGAAGGGGUUGACCCCCCUCCCAACGCACAAAUACAUACGUUUGAAGCCACUGCACAGGUUAACCCGUUAUAUAAACUGGGACCAAAGUUAGCUCCUGGAAUGACUGAAAUAAAUGGGGACAAUUCUGCAAUUCCACAAGCUAACUGUGACUCUGAAGAGGACACAACCACGCUAUGUUUGCAGUCACGGAGGCAGAAGCAACGUCAGGUAUCUGGAGACAGCCAUGCCCACGUUAGCAGACAGGGAGCUUGGAAAGUCCAUACACAGAUUGAUUACAUACACUGCCUCGUGCCGGAUUUGCUUCAGAUCACAGGUAAUCCCUGUUACUGGGGAGUGAUGGACCGUUACGAAGCAGAAGCCCUUCUGGAAGGGAAACCUGAAGGUACAUUUUUGCUCAGGGACUCUGCGCAGGAGGACUACCUCUUCUCUGUGAGCUUCCGUCGCUACAACAGAUCCCUGCAUGCCCGAAUUGAACAGUGGAAUCACAACUUUAGUUUUGAUGCUCACGACCCGUGUGUGUUUCACUCCUCCACUGUAACAGGACUUUUGGAACAUUACAAAGACCCCAGUUCUUGCAUGUUUUUUGAACCAUUGCUUACGAUAUCACUAAAUAGGACUUUCCCUUUUAGCCUGCAGUACAUCUGCCGUGCAGUCAUCUGCAGAUGCACUACGUAUGAUGGAAUUGAUGGGCUCCCUUUACCGUCAAUGUUACAGGAUUUUUUAAAAGAGUAUCAUUAUAAACAAAAAGUUAGAGUUCGCUGGCUAGAACGAGAACCAGUCAAGGCAAAGUAAACCCUCCUGUCCCCAAAGGGCAUUAACUAGAUCUGCUUUUAUGUGCAUCGGGCAGUACACCUCUAGCAAGCACACAUAUCAGUGUUAGGUUUUUUUCAGUACAGUAUGUAAGCUUAGUGUUAGUAUUUGUCAGGUGCAAUCUGCUGUUACUUACUCAGAUAAACGUGGUGCCUAUUGAGACAACAGAGGAUACAGCUACAGGUGUUCAGUAAGGCUACAAAAACAUUCUGCCGAUUUAGCUGACAGUUUGGUUUUUAAUGGCUGUAGCAACUGAGUGAAGCAACUCUGGGGCAUUUGCUAUGAAGAAUUCUAUUUCUUACUGAAGAACAAAUUAUUAAUAUUGGAUGAGUAUUUCAACAGUGUGACUAAUGUUUGAAAUUAUUAUUUUUUCUAAGAAUUUUUCUAUAACCUUCCAAAAGUAGUGAUGUUUGUAGUUACUAUAAAUUAAGCUUUGGAAGUCCAAAAAAUAAAGACUGCCUUCCUUUUAGGAAAAAAAUGCAAUUUUCUGGCCACAAGGGCAUAGUGCAGUUCACUUAAGUGUUGAUAUAGUUUAUAGUCAGUCUCCUUUUCUCUUCUGCAAAAGGUACUGUUAAGUAAACCAGGUUUUCUAAGUAGUAGUUCUUAAAAUUUUAGACUUAUGAAAAGUUGGUAGUAGAAUUUUAUUUAAGGCCUUAGGUAUUCAUUUUUUAAUGAGUGCUUUAACAUAACACAUUGGGAGUAGCUGCUGCAAAGUAGGCCUGCGUGUGAUUUUUUUAAGUUGACAUGUGCAGUCAAAUCGCUGAUUCAUUAAAGUUGGAUCUUUUUCUAUGCCCGUGAUGAGUUUGUGAACCGUGAAGAAAAUGAGACUAGAAGAUACCCAAACAAGUCAGAUAAUACUACAGUGGUUGCUGAUUGUUGAGAUUAUUGUUAAACUGUAAUUCAUAAUUUGGAUGGCAGUAUUUAUCUCUUUGUUGUAAAGUCUCAUAGCUGAAUUGCUUAAGUACAAGUUAUAGAAUUUCAGUGCACUUAAUUUUUAAUGGAAAAUCUUAAACCUAAAUUGCUGAUUUAAAAGGUACUGUACAACCAUUGUAUCUGUAAAUAACUUUACUUAGCACCUUUUUGUCACUUAGAAUAGUAUGCAAUACUACUUGAGUGAGCUAUUUUGGAAGUAAUACCAAGUUCUAGUGUUUGCUUCUUAGUAUUGGACUGAAUUUACAGUUCCGUCCUGGACAUUUUGCACUAAAGUAGUCGAAUCCAUUCUUCUGUCUUUUUGUUAACGUGCUCUGUACCACUGGUGAGUGCUCCUUAGUUUCCUUACCUGCUGCCACAGAAAGUUCUUUUACAUCCCAAUGGCUAUCGCCAAGGCCACAAAAAAGAAAAGCUAUAUUUGUAUGCAACACUAACCCUUUGACUGCUAAUGUAUGUUUCCGCUUGCUGUGCCUUGUUACGGCUGCUUUUUUGUGCUAAUAAAGUACGUUUGGUGUUCUCCUUGUAUAUCUGCUGUUUUAUAC